AUGGACCCCAACAAGAUGAGGAAGAAGCAAGACACGGAGGACGAUGAACACCAGAGCAAGAAGAGCAAGAAAGACACGGAGGACCACGAAGAGCAGUACAAGAAGACGAAGAAGGACAUCGAGGACCACGAGAAGCAGGACAGGAAGAGGAAGGGCACGGAGGACCACAGGAACCAAGGACAAGAAGAGGAAGAAGGACACCAAGGACCACGAGAAGCAGGACAAGAUAACCAAGGACAUGGGAAGACCACGAGAAUCAAGACAAAAAGACCAAGGGAGAAGCCAGGAAAGAACGAAGGAAAGGGUGGAAUAUGGAGUGCUGUAAACGGAUUAAGGGACUGCAUCAAGAAGCGGAACAAGCAGAAUAAUGAAGACUACGAGGAACAGGCCAAAAAGGAGGAGCACGGAGAAACGUGA